AUAACACACCAUCUUCCAACCAUAAUACAUCUCAAAACCAAAACCUCAGUGAUCUCUUAUCUACUACAUUCAUCCAUACUUUUAUAACUUUUUUUAGAAAACAACAAAAAUGGAUAGAGGCCUCUUCCACCACCGCAAGAACGACGAGGACAAGCCGUCCGACUACUCAGAAACCACCGGUGGAGGCUACGGCACCACCGAAGGUGACCGAUAUGGCUCAGAAAACACCACCACCGGUGGUGGCUAUGGCUCCACCGAAGGCAAUCGCUACGGUUCCGAUGACACCACCGGUGGUGGUUAUGGCACAGAGUCCUACAAAACAUCUGGUGGUUAUGGUGAUACUGAGAAAGAAGGCAACCGUUAUGGAUCAUCAGACUACAACACCACCACCGGUGGCGGUGGCGUAGGCGGUGGCUAUGGCUCUACUGAGACUGACCGCUAUGGCUCAGACACAGCCGUCGGUGGCGGUAAAUAUGGUGAUUCUGAAACCAAGGUUGGGUAUGGAGAGGAAGGAGGUUACAAGAACACUGAUAGUGGUGAGACUGAAGAGCCACCAAGGGAUUAUGAGAAGGAAGAGAAGCAUCACAAGCAUCUUGAACAGAUUGGUGGUGUUGGUGCUGUUGCUUCCGGUGCUUAUGCUCUGUAUGAGAAGCACCAGGCGAAGAAAGACCCAGAGAAUGCACAUAGGCACAAAAUUGCGGAAGAGAUCGCAGCCGUCGGAGCAGUUGGAGCCGGAGGUUUUGCCUUCCAUGAGCAUCACGAGAAAAAGCAUGCUAAGGAAGACAGAAAGGAAGAGGAGGAGGAGGGGAGCGAGGGCAAGGAGAAGAAGCACCACUUCUUUUAAUUCUAAUCAACCUCUUUGAUAACGUGCUAUAAUAUAUUUAUAGUUCGAGGUGUUUCAAUUUGUAUUUUAAAGAAAAAAAAAACUUCUGUAUCUUUAAUUUUGUACUUAUUUUAUUGUCUUGUCCUAGAAGAAAAAGGAGUUGCAUGUCUUUGUGUAUUAGUUAAGCUUGCAAAUUUUAUCUUUAGUAUGUUGUGAGUGAGAUCGAGUCUAUUUUAUACUGUACCUUAGUUUUCUUGUAUAUCAAUAAACAUGCUUUUAUCCGGUUGUUGAUUA